GUUCAUCUACACCAACCUAACAUUCCGUUUCGCAAUCAAUCUCCCAUCGAAAUAGUAGACAGAAAACAACAGGCACAUCACAUGGCGGGUUUUCUUUCAUACGUUCCCCUGGUCAACAGGCUGGUUGGUGGUGAGGCGCCCAGAGCCAUCGACGUUGCUCCCAUCAAAGUCCAAAAUAUCGAGACCGACGCAGACAAGCGGCCGCGGACACUCAAGCACCUCUUACGGGCUAACCACGUGAACCAUUCCAUCUUGUACCAUGACCUGCAAUAUGACAACCAUAUGGCACAUAUCCUCUGCUCAUCAUAUGAACUGGGCGCCCAGGCACCGCAGCUGUAUGACAUCUAUGAGGAAGAGUCCAAGACGUUGGAACCAUGGAAGGACUCGCCUUCUGAGGUCUCUGAGGCAGAUUGGAGGGAUAACUUAGGUGACAGACGGUAUCAGAGAGCCUAUGUUGACUUCUUUGAGGACAUGAUGGUUAUGAAGUACAAGUAUGACUGGAAGCAGGUUAUUGAGGAGUUCAUGUUUGGGGGCAAGCAGCCAUUGAUCAAUGGUCUUAUUUCCAGUCUUGGCCAUCCUCUCAUCCACUUGGGCUAUGCCUAUGAGUUCGAUAACAGAGAACUUGCCAUCGAAGCUCUAAGCUUGGCAUCAUCCACACACAAUUACUUGCACAAGUACAUCGACGACUCAUCGUACACCACCAAGUCGACCAUCUCCUCCACAUCGCCCUCUGAGCUCCUGACCAAGCUAGCGAACGACAGCCGUUUUGACGGCCUAUUUGACGAGGCCAAAUUCGAGAACGUCGACGCACUCUUUGAGAAGGCCGAGCCACUGGUUUUGGAAUACUGGAACGCUUGGGAACUGGCCAAUCCCGUCGAGCAAUUCCGCGAGUCCCAGGAGGCGGCCAUUGAGCUCCUGGUUGCAUCUGUUCCACCCGGGACGCAUUCUUACAACUUCUUCCUCGUCCACGUAUUGACAACGAGCCAUGCCGUUCGAGUGUUGCUGCCCUUCGUACCAGUCAAGUUUCACAUCAACCUCGUGAGGCAAUGGUGGCUUCUUACCCUGGCGGCGUACAUUGCUGUGCUCCGCCCCAAGGUUGACCCGGAUUACAUCCCUCAGGACCUGAAGGGUAGGAGCUGGAAUUAUGUUGAGGACAAGGCGCUGAACGGUCGGUUUGCGAAGGAUGCUCAUUAUGUGAAAGCCAUCCGGUCAAUCAGAGAGGCGGCAAAGACUUGGGGUGAUGUCCAUGACCGGUUCCUCGCAGCUGCGGUUCGGUUUGCGGAUGAUUUCGAGGGAUGGUGGUAGUUUGGAGGUCUCUGGGUGUGGGGUUCGGCGAUGGUUAACUCCAGUGCUGUAUUCUCUGUAUAUUAGCAAUGCUCUUAAAAUCACGGCCACACUGUUGAUGAUGAAAUCCUAAUAAAUGAGUCAGUGGUU